AUUCGGUACUAGUUUUGCCUCGUCAAGUUCGUGAUCAACAUGGCCACAACAGUGCUCUGUCGUCCAAUUUUAACUAGGAAGUGGAGGAUCUUACAGUCAGAUUUAUUCAGUAAUCCUGUAUGUUUUUGUGUUCGGAAUGCCUCAAAAAACUCUCGCAGAUCCCAGAAGAAAAAUAAAAAUUCGGGCAAUGCAGGAAUCAGCGAAGAACAUCAGCUGUUGCUGAAGACAUUCCCCAACCCCAAAGGAAUCCUUAACAAUGUGAUCCUCAGCAACGCGAAGUGCAGUUCUAUCCAAGAUGUCCUCACAUACAACACGCAGGAUGUACCCGGAGAUGCCAAGAAGGGUGGUUCGGUCCUAAAGAAAAGCGUCUUGGCUCUUAGCUGGCCUCAGGUCAUGGAACUUGAAGGGGUCGGUCGAAAGAAAAAGGAUGCAGAACUUGUAGCAGCAGCACAGGCUUGUGCUAGAUUAAAGGAGCUUGGCCUGAUGGAUGACAACAACAACCCUUUACUUCCAGACAGGGUGGUUUACAAGAAAGAAGACAUCCGUAGCUUCCUGAGGAAACAAAAUCAACCCGAUGUAAUUGAGACGGAUGAGAACAUCAACAAGGAACUCUCCACCUUCUUGAAAACUCUACAGGACCAAGAAAAGAAGAAGUCUGAGGAUGACAAGCAAGCCCAGGAAGAUCAUUCAUUCUAUUCGAUGCUAAUGUCAGAGGAGGAGAUGCCGGAGAAGGUGAUGGACAUCAUCUCUGACAGACCUUACCAGCGUCUUUCGAGAUCCAAGAGGGAUGUUAGGAAUGGUGUUUUACUGCAGAGGCUUAUCAACCAAAGAAACAAUCCCGCUGUUGCUGAAAUACAAAAGAAAGUGCAGACCCUGCCCAUCAUAAAUAUGAGAGAGGAGAUAUUAUCUCUGAUAAAUGCCAACCAAGUAGUGGUUCUGUGUGGAGAAACAGGCUGUGGGAAGACUACCCAGAUGCCUCAGUUCAUCUUAGAUGAUUGGAUUCAACAGGAUAUGGGAUCACAGUGCAAUAUAGUUAUAACUCAACCAAGGAGAAUAAGUGCAAUAUCGACAGCGGAGAGGAUCGCAUUAGAAAGAGGUGAACAACUUGGCAAGACGAUUGGCUACCAGAUCAGACUCCAUCGUAGAAUGCCUGAGAAUCAUGGGUGUAUGUUGGUCUGUACCACUGGUAUCCUACUAAAGAAAUUGCAGCAAAACCCAGAUUUGACAGGUAUCAGUCAUGUGAUUGUCGAUGAGGUUCAUGAGCGGGAUGUCAACACAGACUUCCUGCUUGUUCUGUUAAAGAACGCUCUUGAAAGGAACAAGAAUGUCAAGCUAAUACUAAUGAGUGCUUCCAUCAAUCCAGGAUUGUUCUCAAAGUAUUUUAACAACUGCCCCAUGAUCAAUGUUCCAGGAUUCAUGUAUCCUGUCAAAGAAUACUUCCUUCCUGAAGCUUUGGCAGACCUUGGAAUCAAUCCCAACAAACACAAGAGCCCGCUCUUUGAAGAGGAAUGCACCGCAAAGGAUCAGUCCAAGAAGAGGAAGAAGAAUCGGAAAGCGCCACCAACUAAUGUUGACCUUGUGGUAGAGGUCGUCAAAGCCAUAGACAAGAAAAAGCCACCGGGUGCUAUACUUUGCUUCCUUCCUGGUUGGCAAGAUAUCAGGAGUGUUUAUGACAAACUACGGGAGGCAUGGGGCCAGGACAGUAAGCAUGAGAUCUAUCCAGUACACUCUCACGUAACAAUCGACAAUCAGCAAGCCAUGUUUGAUAUACCACCAGCAGGUGUGAGGAAGGUUGUCCUAGCAACGAACGUGGCUGAAACAUCAAUCACGAUUGGGGAUGUAGUGUAUGUGGUGAAUACUGGAAACCACAAAGAAGAACGUUUUGAUUCAGACUUGGGGGUCUCUUGUCUAGACCUUCACUGGACUUCCAAGGCCAACAUUAAGCAGAGGAAAGGAAGAGCAGGACGCCGACAACCUGGCGAAUGCUUCCAUCUAUUUGAUGAAGAUGUCUACAAAAAGAUGAGUCAAUUUCAGACAGCUGAAAUUCUUCGGAUACCCUUAGAGCAGAUAGUAGUCCAAGCCAAGGUUCAUGAUGAUGGUGUUUCAGCAGAGAAGUUCCUUGCGCAAGCCAUAGAACCACCCCCAUCUCAAGCAGUGUCUAGUGCCAUCGAUCUCCUUCAAGACCUGACCAUCUUGGAUGAGAGAGAGGAACUGACAGCUCUCGGAAGGAAGAUCUCUCGCUUUGGGUCUGAUCCUAGGAUUGCCAAAGCUGUCAUCUAUGCUGCCAUUUUCAGAUGUGUGGAUCCCAUAUUAACAAUAGCAGCCAGCUUGUGCAUAAGAGACCCUUUCAGAGAAAACCUGGAUAAUAGAAAACUGAUUAUGGAGAAAAUGCAAGAGUUUAGUGGAGACAGUGAGAGUGAUCAUCUGAUGAGAGUAGCCAUCUACCAAGGCUGGGAGGAGCAGAAGAAGUCCGGUGGUCAGAGUGCUUCCAGCUAUGUUCAGUCCCAUCAACUUUAUCUUCCAACUCUUCAAUUCAUCAGAGGAUUACGUAGGCAGUUUGCCAGCAAUCUAGAAGAUUCCGGGAUGGUGAUGAUGUCUGAUGAAUGCUUUGAUUCUUCAGCUCGAUGCAAUGAGAAUAGCGAUGAUCCAGAGCUUAUCAAGGCCGUGAUCUGUAGUGCUUUCUAUCCUAACCUCCUCAAAGCAAGAUUUGGCAAGCACGAGAAGGGGAAGCUAAGAACCAACAAAUUAAUCUUCAAAGACUUAGAUUCCAACAAUGUUCUGCUCCAUCGAAGAUCCGUCAACUGUGCAAAGAAAGAUUUCAGGAGCAAAUGGCUGACAUACUUCUCAAAGGUACGAUCUGAUGCAACCUUUGUUCGUGACUGCUCCGUCAUCCAUCCUAUGGCUGUAAUAGCGUUUGCUGGAAACACUCUCUAUGUUGAUAAACUAACCCAGAGAGAGAAGAAAGAGAUCGUUCUAGAACACGGUGGUGUCAACGUUGCCUCCCUUGUGAAGCUGGUGAUCGACGACGAGCAGGUUUCACAAGAGAGUGGCGGAGAUGAGUUCAGCCCAUGGGAAGGAUUGCCGAUCACGUUCUAUAUGACGAAGGACACUGCAGUCUAUACUAUGGCCUUCAUGAGAGCAAUGAAACAAAUGAUUGAAGAAUGUCUCACAGAGGAAGCCCUCAUACCAUCUGGGCCUACCCUCGAGAAACACUCCGCUGUACUCGGUCUGUUCGGUAAGCUACUUGGUACCCAAGUCCUGCACUCCCAACAAGGUCAGCAAGCUGAACAACAGGGUGAGAAGGAGCAAUCCACAUCAGGAUCCUGAAGCAAGUAUUAGGUAUCGACCAGAUCAGUCACCGGUGAUGGCUCAAGAGAGUCUUCACAAGAUCUUGUGGAUAUCCUUGAAAGAAAUUCUAGGAAAUACUUGUGCACUGUAAAAGGCUGCCUGGCUUAUGAAAGCUUAUGGGUAAUGCUGUCCAAAGUCCUUUACAGUGCAUAGAGAUGUUAUGAUAGCGUGAUAUGCGUUAUGCAAGAACAGAAUAUUAUUAUGAAAUAGAGGGAAAGGAAGGAUAGUCUAAUAGAUGGUAUGAAGUCUUACU